UCAAAAAAAUUGGGAAAUUGUCCUUCAAUUCUAGGUUUGUCACUUCGCUGAAACAGGUUUUCUUCCGACUUCCACCCUCUUUGAGUACAUUCCUGGAAUCAAUACAAAAAUUCCAGUGAAAAAAAUGUCAGAUAAGGAAUCACAAGAAAGCGAUAAACACAAAACUGGCAAGGACCGAGACAGAUCCCGAUCGCCUCAACGGCCAUCACCUAAAGUAGAUAAUAUAGGAAUGAUAGCUAAAAAUCGUUUAAAGAACAUGAGUAUACAAAAGAAAUUAACAGCUUUGAAGUCGACGUCUAGCCCGAAACCGAAGAUGUCGGUCGCGGCCGCAUUUAAUCUAGACAGCGACGACGAACCGGAGGAAAUGCCGCCGGAGGCACGGAUGCGAAUGCGUAACAUCGGGCGAGAUACCCCGACGUCUUCGGGUCCAAAUUCGUUCGGCAAAACGAAACACGGCUUUUCGGACGCGAAGAAGCUGUUCGAAAAGAAUCUAAAAGACGCGAUGGAUAGCGCUCUAGCAGACGAUUAAUUUUAGUGUAAUUCUUAUUUAUUGGACUGUUUCAUAGGUAGAAUAAAAGUACGAAAUUAAGUCAA